AUGCUCCGCUGGCUCUUUAUUACUUUCUUGGCGGUCGCGUUCGCUCACCGCCUUGAUGUUGAUCAGGGCGACCGACACUGUUUCUUCGAGGACCUGCAGACACAAGACCGCAUGACAGUCACGUACGAGGUUGGCGGGAGCACGCAUAGUGGUUCACUCGACAUUGAUUUCUUCGUCGUUGGACCAGGAAAGGUCCAAGUCUUCAAGAGCCUCGGCGAGCCGCAGGGCACGUGGAGCGUCACGGCACCAUCUCCCGGACGGUACACGUACUGCUUCAGCAACGAGGCUGGGAGCGGACGCAAAACCGUUUCCUUCAACGUCCACGGGGUGAUGCACAUCGACGACGAGGAGCAGAUGGCACCGGUCGAGCGCGAGAUCCGCAACCUCGCAAGCGGGCUGCAGAUGGUCAAGGACGAGCAGUCGUACCUCGUCGUGCGCGAGCGCGUGCACCGCGACACUUGCGAGUCGACUAACUCGCGCGUCAAGUGGUGGGCGAUUGUGCAGAUUAUCUUACUGCUUGGCGUGUGCGGCUGGAACGUACACUACCUCAAGAGCUGGUUCGAGGUCAAGCGCGUCCUUUAA